AUGGAGGAGGACGAGUACGAAGACGAGGAGGACGGCGCCAUCACCUCUGAGGACUGCUGGGCUGUCAUCAGCUCCUUCUUCGACACCAAGGGUCUGGUGUCGCAGCAGCUGGACUCAUACGACGAGUUCACGCGCAACACAAUACAAGACAUCGUGAAGGAGAACGGCAGCGUGAUCCUCGAGCAGAACACGCCCUACAACCCGGACGAGGACGUCGACCCCAUCAUCAAGCGCCGCUACGAGAUCAAGUUCGGCCGUGUCUACCUUGCGCGCCCAACACACACCGAGGGCGACGGCACAACCGUGCAGCUCUACCCCCACGAGGCGCGUCUGCGCAACCUCACCUACUCCGGCGCCAUGCUGGCAGACAUCGAGAAUCGUAUCAUGGUCGCCCGCGAGACCACAAUACCCCCUGAGGAUGACGACGAUGAGGUGGAGGGGCAAGGCGGAGGCGUCACACAGAUUCGCUGGGACCGCGAGGACAUCCCCAUGGACAGCGACGAGUCAGCACGUGUCUUUAUUGGAAAGCUGCCUGUCAUGCUGCGGUCAGAACUCUGCCAUCUGCGUUCGCAGAACGACGAGGCGCUGUUUGGCCUCAAUGAAUGUCCAUACGAUCAGGGCGGUUACUUCGUCAUCAACGGUUCCGAGAAGGUCUUGAUCGCACAGGAGCGCAGUGCUGCGAAUAUUGUCCAGGUCUUCCGCAAGAAGCAGGGCCCUAUCCCGUGGAUUGCCGAGAUUAGAAGUGCCGUCGAGAAGGGAACUCGCCUGAUCUCCUCCUUCAACAUCAAGUGGGCUGAGAACUCACUUGCCAGCGGAAAGCGCAUGCCUGGACCUUUCGCCUACGCCACACUUCCCUACAUCAAGGCCGAUGUGCCCAUGGCCAUCGUCUUCCGCGCGCUCGGUAUCGUCUCGGACGAAGAGAUCCUCGGACACAUAGUAUACGACCGCACAGAUACACAGAUGCUGGAGCUGCUCAAGCCCAGUAUCGAGGAGGGUUCGGUGGUUCAAGACCGCGAGUCUGCGCUUGACUUCAUUGCCAGGCGUGGAGCUACACAAGGCACAAAGGACAGGCGUCUUAAGUUUGCGCGAGACAUCAUGCAGCGCGAGUUUCUUCCUCACAUCUCGCAGCGAGAAGGCCAGGAUACCCGCAAGGCCUAUUUCUUCGGUUAUAUGAUCCACCGCAUGCUGCAGUGUGUUCUUGGUCGGCGUGACGAGGACGAUCGUGAUCACUUCGGUAAGAAGCGUCUCGAUCUCGCAGGGCCACUGAUUGCGAACUUGUUCCGCAUCCUUUUCCUGAAGUUGACCAAGGAUGUCUACAAGUACCUCCAGAGAUGCGUUGAGAAUAACCAGGACUUUAACGUGCAAAUGGCCGUCAAAGCCAGCAUCAUCACCAACGGUCUCAAAUACUCGCUCGCUACAGGAAACUGGGGUGACCAGAAGAAAGCCGCUUCUGCAAAGGCCGGUGUCUCCCAGGUGUUGAACCGAUACACAUACGCCUCGACACUGUCCCAUUUGCGACGAACGAACACACCCGUUGGUCGUGACGGCAAGCUUGCGAAGCCCCGCCAAUUGCACAACAGUCAUUGGGGUCUCGUCUGCCCCGCCGAGACACCCGAAGGACAGGCUUGUGGUUUGGUCAAGAACCUGUCUCUCAUGUGCUACGUCAGUGUUGGUAGUGAUGCCGGGCCCAUCUCUGAUUUCAUGAGCCAGAGGAAUAUGCAACUUCUUGAGGAGUACGACCAGAACCAGAAUCCUGAUGCCACCAAGGUCUUCGUCAACGGUGUAUGGGUCGGUGUGCACUCCAACGCACAGCAGCUUGUGUCGACCGUACAGGAGCUGCGCCGUAACGGAACUCUUUCCUACGAGAUGAGUUUGAUUCGUGACAUUCGUGACCGAGAGUUCAAGAUCUUCACCGAUGCUGGACGUGUCAUGAGGCCGCUGUUUGUUGUCGAGAGCGAUGUCCGCAAGCCAAACCGUAACCACCUCGUCUUCAACCAGGAGCACUACAGCAAACUGGUAGCGGAGCAGCAGGCGAUGGCUGCCGCAGGUGCCGGUGAAGAGGAGAAGAGCGAGCUCACAUAUGGCUGGAAGGGACUCAUCCAAGACGGUGUCAUCGAGUAUCUAGACGCUGAAGAAGAGGAGACUGCCAUGAUUGUCAUGUCACCCGAGGACCUCGGCGAAUGGCGCGACAUGAAGAUGGGCAUCCCACAAGAUGCUCGCGACCCACAAGGCAAGGAUCGCCUCGCACGUAUCAAGCCCAAGCCGGACCCUCGCAUCCACGCCUACACGCAUUGUGAGAUUCACCCUGCUAUGAUUCUCGGUAUCUGUGCCAGUAUCAUCCCUUUCCCCGAUCACAACCAGUCGCCCCGUAAUACUUACCAAUCUGCCAUGGGUAAGCAAGCCAUGGGUGUCGCUCUGACAAAUUACGCUCUGCGCAUGGAGACGAUGAUGAAUGUCCUCUAUUAUCCCCAGAAACCGCUCGCCACAACACGAUCCAUGGAGUACCUCAAGUUCCGUGAGCUGCCCGCUGGACAAAAUGCUAUUGUCGCCAUCGCCUGCUACUCCGGUUACAACCAGGAAGAUUCCGUCAUCAUGAACCAGAGCAGUAUCGAUCGUGGUCUCUUCAGAUCGCUGUUCUACCGAGCGUACACCGAGCAGGAGAAGCGCAUUGGUGUCAACGUCCUGGAACAGUUCGAGAAGCCAACGCGUGCUGAUACUUUGAGGCUGAAGGGAGGAACAUACGACAAGCUCGACGACGACGGUGUUGUUGCGCCCGGUGUUCGUGUCUCCGGUGACGAUAUUAUAAUCGGUAAGACGGCGCCUAUCGCAGCUGACGCACAGGAGAUGGGUCAGAAGACUUCGCUGCACACCAAGCGUGAUGUUUCGACGCCUCUCCGUAGCACAGAGAACGGUAUCGUCGAUCAGGUUCUGUUCACAACCAACACAGAAGGCCUACGUUUCGUCAAGGUCCGCACACGAACAACCAAGGUGCCCCAGAUCGGUGACAAGUUCGCGUCUCGUCACGGACAGAAGGGUACUAUCGGUAUCACAUACAGACACGAGGACAUGCCCUUCACAAGGGACGGUGUCACGCCUGAUAUCGUAAUCAAUCCCCACGCCAUUCCCUCCCGUAUGACAAUUGCCCAUUUGGUCGAGUGUCUGCUCUCCAAGGUCGGCGCCAUCACUGGACGUGAAGGUGACGCUACGCCCUUCACCGAUGUUACCGUCGAUCAAAUCUCCGAGCUGCUCGAGGAUGCUGGCUACCAGAAGCGUGGUUUCGAGAUCAUGUACAACGGCCAUACCGGCAAGAAGAUGCGUACACAGAUCUUCUUAGGUCCCACAUACUACCAGCGUCUAAGGCACAUGGUCGACGACAAGAUCCACGCCCGUGCUCGCGGUCCUCUUCAGAUCCUUACUCGACAGCCUGUCGAGGGUCGUGCUAGGGACGGUGGUCUGCGUUUUGGAGAAAUGGAGCGUGAUUGUAUGAUUGCGCACGGUGCUGCUGCUUUCCUCAAGGAGCGUCUCUUCACGGUCUCGGAUGCGUACACGGUUCACGUUUGCGACAUUUGUGGCCUGAUGAGCCCUAUUGCUCAACUCAAGCAAGGCAAAUACGAGUGCCGCCCCUGCCAUAACAAGACCCGCAUCUCCCAGAUUCACAUCCCUUACGCCGCCAAGCUCCUGUUCCAGGAGCUCCUCGCCAUGAACAUCGCCACCCGCAUGUUCACAACCCGCUCUGGCCUCAGCGUCCGUGACUAG